AUGCUGCCUCCUGAGUGUAGUGACCUGAUAAUGGAAGAGUACAUGGGGGACACUGAGGAUCCCCAAACCCUCCAAUUACAGUUUACAGAGAUAAUGGCAGACUUCAUGUUUGUGAUCCCUGCACUCCAAGUAGCACAUUUUCAACGUUCCCAUGCCCCUGUCUACUUCUAUGAGUUCCAACAUCAACCCAGCUUUGUAAAGGAUGUCAGGCCUCCCCACGUGAAAGCUGACCAUGGUGAUGAGGUUCUUUUUGUCUUUGGGGCCUUAUCCUCUGGCAUGAAACGAGACCUCACUGAGGAGGAAGAGCUACUGAACAGGAGGAUGAUGAAGUACUGGGCCAACUUUGCAAGACAUGG